GAGAGAGGAGGCGCUGCAGCCUGUGGAGGUAUUACGUCUCGAUGUGUCAGAGGGAGUCAGGGCGAGUCUCGACUGCAGACACCGUCGAGUGCACUGGCAGGAUGCGCAUCAAUAUGAGAAGGAACCCUCGAAUUUCUCUGAACGUCUUGUCGUCGACAAACGUCUGACAGCUCGGAUCAGCACACAAGGGAAACCAGCACACGCACAUCGCGGAUAACUGAUGUGACAAGCGAGUCUUUGCUUCGAAGUCAGCUCGACAUCGCUCUGCUCUUCAGCCUUUUCUUUUUUUAUUAUUCUUAAAUCCAUCCUCGGCCCCGACGUGAACCCACCAUGUCUGGGAAGGAGCGCAGCCCCCGCCAUCGGCCGUGGUCCGUCUACCGGGCCAACACGUUUGAUCUCUCAGCUGAGAUGAUGGGGCUGGCUCUCUCAGGCAACAGUCAGGAUCCAGACGAGCCUGUGCUGGAGUUCAGCGUGGCCUGCAGUGAGCUGGUUACUCCCUCUCUGGACCGUAAGCCAACCAGCUUCGUCGCCGUCAGCUGCACCACUCCGCCCCAGGCCUUCUGGACCAAGCACGCUCAGACCGAAAUCAUAGAGGGCACCAGCAACCCGAUCUUCCUGAGCAGCAUAGCGUUCUUUCAGGACUCUCUGAUCACUCAGCAGACUCAGGUCAAGCUUUCCGUCUACGAUGUGAAGGACCGCGCGCAGGGCACGAUGUACAUGCUCGGUUCGUCCAUGUUUUCUGUGAAGGAGCUGCUGCAGGACAAACACCACAGGCUGCACCUGACUCUCAGGUCAGCGGAGAGCGAGCGCGUUGGGAACAUCACUGUCAUCGCCUGGCAGAUAGAGGAAAAGCGAGAACAGAGAGCUCCCGUUGCAAGAUUACAGAGAGGAGACACGGUUAAUGGGAGGAUGGUUCUCCCUGUUGAUGAAAGCCUGACUGAAUCCAUGGGCAUUAAAUCCAAGUCUUCAUCUCUGUGUAAAGACCCACUGCUAAAGGCCGUGUUUGGGGGCGUCAUGUCUCGAACGUACCGGUUCCCCACCACGGACGGCAACCACCUUCGGAUCCUGGAGCAGAUGGCGGAGAGCGCGCUGUCCCUGCAUAUUCCUCGCCAGUUUGUCAAACUGCUACUGGAGGAAGAUGCCGUCAGAGUUUGCGAGCUGGAGGAACUGGGGGAGCUGUCUCCGUGUUGGGAGAACCUCAGGAGGCAGAUCAUCACUCAGUAUCAGACCAUCAUCCUCACCUACCAGGAGACCAUAAGUGACCUGCACGAAUACAAAGGUCCUUCAUUCAAGUCCAGUACCUUGAAAGCGGAGAGGAAGUUGGAGUUCAUUCCUACUAACCUGCACAUCCAGAGGAUGAGAGUACAGGGAGAGUCUGGCUAUGACCGGACAUAUGACGUCGUGACUAUCGGUGCUCCUGCUGCACAUCAUCAAGGCUUUAAAGGCUGCGGCCUCCGAAAACUGCUGCACAAGCUCGAAGAAGCCAGGAAGCACACUGUGGAGGAAAGCCAAAGCUCUGCUGGCCCUGGCUCCAAAGCGAUGGCGUACCAGCCUCAGGAUGUCGUGAAAGCGAAGGAGCUGAUCGCGCAGAUUAACACUCUGAAGACACAGGUGUGUUACUACACCGAGCGACUGUCUCGAGCCGCCAAGGACCGCUCAGCCAACGCUCUGGAGAGAACCCUGACCAUCCUCACAGAGAAGACUCGUCAGCUGGUGACCGUGUGCGACUCCAAGCUGCUCACCUCGGCCAUCCUCGCCCUGGCAGCCGCCCGCCCGGAGUUCAUUAAGCAAGGCACCCCGUCCCCGUCCUCCUCCUCCCUCUCGCCCUCCUCUCGUUCCCCGUCACGCUCCCCCUCCCGCCACCCCGCCUCCCCGUCUCGUGCCACCACCUCGCCCUCUCGCCAUGCAGCCCCUCCGGAUGGCGGCGACGGGAGUAAAAACAAGCGCUCCUCCUUCCAGGCGGAUUUGCACGAGGAGGAGUGGGAGAAGGUUUGGCUGAAUGUUGAUAAGAGCCUGGAGUGUGUGAUCCAGAGGGUGGACAGGCUGCUGCAGAGAGACAAAAUCCAGAGCGACAGCAGCUCAGAGGACGUCUUCCUGCUCGCCAACGAGGAGCCGGGCAACACUAAGAAAGAUAUCAGCCCAGAGGUAGAAAAGAAGUCCCCAGGUGAGUGGAGCGACGCCCUGUACCCGGUCCUCACCACGCUGACUGACUGUGCGUCCCUGAUGAGCGACAAAGCCAAGAAGGCCAUGGUGUUUCUGCUGAUGCAGGACUCUGCCCCCACCAUCGCCAUGAGCCUCACCCUGCAGUACCGCCGCGACGUCGUCUUCUGCCAGACGCUGACGGCGUUGAUCUGCGGCUUCAUCAUCAAGCUGAGGAACAGUCUCUGUGACUCAGGCUUCCUCCGGCAGCUCCACACCAUCGGAUUACUGGUGCAGUACGAGGGCCUGCUCAGCACCUACGGAGAGGAGCUGGCCAUGUUGGAGGAUAUGAGUGUCGGAGUAAUGGACCUCCGAAAUGUCACCUUUAAAGUGACCCAAGCGACUUCGGGUUUUGCCCCGGACAUGCUGCCGGUGAUCACAGGAAACAGAACCGGCUUUAACGUCAGGGUCCCGAUGCCCGGGGUGCUGUUUGACACGCUGCCAAGAGAGAUCCAGAACGGGAUGCUCCUGCGCGUGCAGCCCGUCCUGUUCAACGUGGGGAUCAACGAACAGCAGACGCUGGCUGAGAAGUUUGGAGACACGUCACUACAGGAGGUGAUCAACAUGGAGAGCAUGACACGCCUCAGCUCGUACUACGACCAGUUUAAAGAAGUCCUGCCAGACGACUGCCUGCCUCGCACCCGCAGUACCACCAGUCUGCCCGAGCUGUUCAAACUCCUGAGCCAGAACGUCAACGCCAAGAAAAACAAGAACGUGGAGAUUUUGUGGCAAGCGGCCGAGGCAUGUCGGCGUCUGAACGGGGUGCGCUUCACCAGCUGUAAGAGCGCCAAGGACCGCACAGCCAUGUCUCUGACCCUGGAGCAGUGUCAGAUCCUGCAGCAGGAGCACGCCCUCGCCCCGCAGGUCUUCUACCAGGCCCUGGACUGCAUGCGCAGUGAGGGCUGCAGGAGGGAGAACACCAUGAAGAACGUUGGAUGUCGUAAAUACGCCUUUAACUCUCUCCAGCUCAAGGCCUUCCCCAAACAGUACCGCCCUCCGGAGGGGACGUACGGGAAGGUCGAGACCUAAGCGGACUCCUCGCACUGGAGGAGACCAAAAGACUGAGGGAGAUAAUGAUGAUGAGCACCACACAAACAAAAAUACCAACACAAACUGGAACAACAGCCCUUUGUUUUGUGCUUAGUCACUGUUAAGCUGAUUCAUGUCCAAGUGCCAGUGCUACUCUAGUUUGUUUUAUAGCGGUUCCCCCUCUCCCCCCAGUAGAAUUAGAGUCACACAACGGCCACUUCACAGCCAAGAUCAGUAUCGAUACGGCUUUCGGUCUUACAUUGUAGCCGGUGUGCAGAAAACACUGUUGGCUCCAGUCCCAGUUGUAGCAUUGGGAAGUGUAAGACUGAGUCAUUUACCCGGUGUCCCUAGAAAUAAGAAGUGCAGGUGUGUCAGUCUAUAGAAAGAUGAUGUCAGACAGGUAUCUGUAACCUUGCUGCUUUCAUUUGAAUUAAUCUGUUUGUUCAUUUAAAGUUCAUUUAUUUGUCAAUCUACAACAGGAUGAUGCACGAUGAAAUGCAAGUUGUAGUGCUACACAUGAGGGUUAAAGGGUGAGGCUGUCAGUGUUUUUUAAUUGUGAACAAAUCCCCCCUGCAAAGACCACCAGUUGCUGUGUAGCCAAAGCCGGAUGUAGCCAUCAGUACACUCUAUUGUUAUCCAAAAACUGUUAAAGCACACCUGUAGUAUACAAUGAGUUGAGCUUUCAUACACUAUGCUUCUGCUGUAAAAAUCGCUAGCGCAUCGAAUGUGUAUUAAUCCGCCGCUGAAAGUAGUCCUCCACGAAUGUUCUGUUUGCUCACAUUUGAGUCACAUUUGUCAACAACUACGGUGCCCAGCUGUUUCAAGAAAUUAGAAAAAAGUAUACUUUAAAAAUCAAUUCAACUAUGUAUUAUAAAAAUGUAUAUGUUCAUGGGGAACAAAUGGGCUUUAGACUGACAGGGUAGGUGGGGAAGACAGAAACCAUAAGAGAGACGGACUAACACAGUGACGGUUUUGGUCUUUUCAUGGGAUUUAUUGACAAUAAUAAACAACAAAGAACCCUUUUCCUUUGAGACGACACAAGGCAUAAACUGUUUGUGUUUUCAUCGUGUACGGUCAAUAGAUUGUUUGCAGUCAGAUGAUUCUGAUGACACGUCAAAACCAGAUGGAGUGCAGAAGCGAAAAGCAGAGUUAAGUUGAAGAGAUGGUGGGGAUCCAGUUUGUCUUUGUUGCUACACAUUUUAAAGCAAAGUCAAGUCAGUUUUAUUUAAAAAGCUUGAAAUCACAGUCACGUUGCCACGUCGACUUCAGACGCACACACUCCUGGUCAUUCAGAAACAUUUCGUGCAGACGUGGUUUCUCUUAGUUCAUGACAACAAUCAACAUAUUUUGCAACUAAAUCUGCACAGUGACAUUUCUCCCCACACAGAUAAAAGCCCUGUUCUUUGACGGCCUGUUUCUGAGGCCAGACUGUGUCCACUCAGCCAGAUACCACUGACUGACUGGUAUGGUAUACUCAUGUUGAGGCAACUGUUAACAACACAAACCACAGGGAUUUUGACAGUUUGUGAAUGUGCCCCCACUUAUCUACCACAUCACUACAUUAUGUAUCAUGAGUCACUUCCUGCCCUCCAUCUGCAGUUUGCGCCAUAGCAACGGAAUGACGUGACAUCAUAUGCAGACCAACUGUUUUUCCUGCAAGAGGUGACAAAUGUAAUCUGAGGGUAACGCUGUGAAGUUGAAAUGUCUCUGCCUGUUGAGAUGCUUCUCUGGACCUAAGCUGCUCUGCAAAAAGACAGCUGUUGAAGUCAAAGCACUUAUUUUGUUCAUUCAAGUGUUUUUCACCUGUUGUCUUUCUCCCUCCCACUGUCUCAGCCUCUUCUCGCCUCUCCUCUUCGAUCACAUUAAUAUUCCGCAACAUGUCACUCUCUACAACAAGCACAGAUCCGUAAGAGGUACACAUCCGACACUACUCUGUGGUAUUUAAUGUCAUUUCUGUUGUUCCUCUGAUGCUAACGCUGGAAGCAUCGAUGGGAAGCUGGUUUAAAAAUGAUGGGCUUCAGAAGUGGUACAUCACAUUAUUAUUUAAACCUAACAUAUCUUCAGAUAUUUAGGACUUCUCUGCAGGUGCUACGCAGCACUAUAGUGGCACGAUAGCCCUUCAACCUUGGGUUUUUAUUUAUUAAAAGUGUAUGUUUUAUAGCA